UUCCACUCCGCAGCCCCCAAUCGCCUGCGCACCGUAAUUUUCAGCUUCCAAUCUGCUCCUGUGCAUAGCGACGUUUCUCACUUUUGAACACCAUGAAAGACCACCCCUUCCAGUUCUUCUCGGCGCCGUCGCGUGGUCUGUCGCUAAUCCUCCACAUUCUCGGCACCGCUUCCUUCGCUUAUAGCUUCCACUUCCUGUACAGUUGGGAAACGCCAGUCGCUUAUUCAUAUGGCUGGUACUUUCAGUUCUUGACAAUUCUGUCUCUUGGAGCCUCAGCGGUUGCAUUCGCUGCCGGUCUACUUGCUGAUAUCACUUCAAGCCGAACCUUGUUCUCUCUCAAGAACGCCAUUUCCACCGUCGCCACGCCGCUCGAGUGCCUUAUUACAAUACUCUACUGGGGGCUGGCUGCCAUUGAUCCAACGCUUGUCACUCCUCCAGAGUAUAUCAUUCCGCUGGAUGUCGACGUGAGCUUCCACCUCGCACCAGCUGUCUUCCUUGUUCUCGACCACCUCUUCUUUAGCCCCCCAUGGGGAACGUCCGGUGUCGUUAUGGCCCUCUACAGCACAUUUGUUGGCUUUUCGUACUGGUACUGGGUUGAAAUUUGCCAAAGCACAAACGGAUUCUACAUCUAUCCCCUCUUCGGACUUCUUUCAACAGAACAGCGGGUGGGUCUCUUUGUCGGAUCUGCGCUUGUGAGCACAAUUUUGUUCUUACUCAUUCGGUCUCUGCACACCAAAAUCAAUGGGCACGUUAUCAAUAUUGACUGGUCUGCCAAGAACUCAAUGAAGAAGACAAGCUGAAGUUGCAUCUCUACAAAAGUUCCAAUUGAAAAGGAUACUGGGGAAAUAUAGCAUUGUAUUUAUCUGAGCUUUCAUGUGAAUCUAUCCAUCGUACCAGAUUCAGUUUGUGCAAUCAAUUACAGGUUGGAUCUGACAUCAACCGUGUGACGUGAUUCCAUCAUCAUCGUGCGGUUCAGUUCUGAAACCUUUUGCGCACCAACUGUACCCAUGGUGAGGUCAGCAUCGGCUAGAAGGCCAGCCAAAACAGCCUGUGCACCCUCUUUGCCGUUAAUUCCAAGACCGUACACCACAGGACGUCCAACGAAGACGGCUUUGGCCCCUAAGGCGAGUGCCUUGACAAUGUCAGCACCAGUGCGGAAUCCCGAGUCGAUCAUGACUGCCGUUUGACUUCCAACGGCUUCAACAAUCUCAGGCAAAACAUCAAGAGUGCCAGCACCGCCGUCCAUCUGACGCCCACCAUGGUUGCUAAUAAUGAUGCCGUCCACACCAUGCUCCACAGCCAACCUAGCAUCAUAUACGCUCAUUAGACCCUUGAUAACCAGUGGCCCAGUCCAGUACUUGCGCAAGAUUUUGAGAUCUUCCCAGGAUUUGCUCACUCCAGGGAAAAUUUGUUCACACCAGUAGAUACCGGCCAUGGUCUUGUUCUCUUCGGGGGUAUCACCAUCAUACUUUUCAGCAAAUUUGCGACGGAAUACUGGGUCGUGGAAAGCCACCUCGUUACCGAUACCAACGAGAAAUGGCGUUGAAGCUGUGUCCAGAUCACUAGAACGCCAUGCCAUUGACCAGGUGUCGAGAGUCACAACGAGUGUGUGGAAGCCGUUGUCCUUAACACGCUUAACGAUAGAUGCAAGGAUUUCUUCAUCAGAGGGCCAGUAGAGCUGGAACCAUUUCGGCGAGUCCGGUACCGCAGUAGCAAGCUCCUCAAUAUUGGAUGUGGAUGAGGUACUCAUAGUGAAUGGAACGUCGAGAGCGGCGCAAGCCUGAGCUACGCCAAUCUCUUUAUCAUCAUGCAUUAUACCCUGGCAACCAAGUGGCGCCAUAAAGACGCAGGACCCUUCAUACAAUUAGCUUUAAAUAGGUCAUUGUGGAUUGUUAUACAAACGGUAUUUAUGACCAAAAAGAGUCACGCUCAUAUCCCUUGGGGUCGUAGGCUUGAAGAUUCUAGGAAUCAAGUUCCAGCGGCGGAACGCCAGGCGGUUGGCAUCCAUAGUAGCGGACUCGCUGCAGCCUAGAUAUACAUAAUUGUAACCAUCCUUCUUCAUUUUCUCAAGUGCUUGGGCUUGAAGCUUGUUGGGAUUUGUGGUCACAACGGGUUUGUUUCCCAUCAAGAUGCCUUCCCGCAGGAUCUGGGCCAUGUAGUCGGCGUACGGUGCAGGGCCAUUGCUCUCAGUAGCAGACUCGUCGCCAGGAGACAUCUUCAGCAAUGUAAUUCAAAGUGUGAGUAUGUUGAAUAAAGAUAUUUAGAUGGAAUUUCGGCCUUGGAAAAGAAAAUGAGAGCACGCGGACGUUGCGAAUAAUAAAAAGAAGAGCAGGCCGGCCUUGUUCACUCGUG